AUGCCCUAUUCCAAGUUGCCACCGAAGCUCCUUCUCCUGGCAAGCACCCUGUCCAUUGCAACGCUAUGUCUACUCCUACUCACAUCAAGGUUGCCCACUGCGCACCUACUGCCCUCCCUGGGAAGAACCGCGAUCGAAGACUUGACGCACGACACAGCUUUCUUUCCACCGCACCCGGAGCACUGCGCAGGCAACACCGGCGUGGCGGAAGAUGGGAAUCCAUGUGCUGGCUUCCCAGUCCAUCUCCACGAGGACAUCCAGAUCGUGGUCAAAACGGGAAUUGGCGAGCGGCACAGACUCGAAGCGCUUCUUUCGACUUUCGCCUCCUGCUUUUCCAACAUCCUCAUCAUGUCUGACGUGCAGGGAAAGGUCUUGGGCCACGAGGUCUACGAUGUUCUUGCAGAUCUCCCUUCUUCAUACGCUGUCAACAACCCCGAUUGGGAAGCUUAUGAAACCCAACGAAAGGCCUACAAAGCUGGCGAGGCGAUCAGCAAAAGUCACCAAGGCUGGAAACUGGAUCGAUUCAAGUUCUUGCCGAUGAUUGAGAAGACGUUCAAGAUACGACCGAAGGCGAAGUGGUAUGUCUUCAUCGAGUCGGAUACGUACUACUUCUGGGAUACACUGUUCCGCGUCCUGAGUGAUCUGAAUCCGAACGAGAGACACUAUCUCGGUAACGCCGUGGCCGGGGCAGAUAAUGUCUGGUUCGCGUACGGCGGUGCCGGGUUUGUUCUUUCGAAGAAACUGAUGCGCGAUAUCAAUCAUGUUACUCCGCCCAUGAGCCACAAACACGAAGAACUGAUCAAGGGCGACUGCUGCGGCGACAUAGCUCUAGCCUACUCCCUCUAUCGCGAAUUAGAAGCACGCGUGGAAGGCAUGUAUCCGACCUUCUCGGGUGACGAACCUUCAUCAGUCGAAAUCGACGAAGCCAGACGCUGCGUCCCUCUUCUCGCUCUCCACCGCGUCAGCCCCGAGCAGAUGAAAUCGCUCUGGAAGUGGGAGCGCUGCCGUGUCUACACCGAAGCACCCCUCACAUACCUCGACUUCCUCGACUACAGCCUCGCUCACCUCGCCAGGCUCGCCGGGUCCUUUCAGAAAUCCCACUGGGACAACGGCGCUAAUCUCGAACAACCUUCGAAUUCCUCAAUGUCCGAGUGUUUCGAAUCAUGCAACAAGUCUCCAGGAUGCCUCCAGAGCACGUACUCAGAGGAGGGAACCUGUCGAUUCGCCGAGUUCGCAAAGUCAGGGCGUGAGGUGGAGCAGAAAAUGCAAUCCAGUUGGAACCCGAAAAGUCUUGCUCGGUUGGGAUGGACGACAGACGGCGGAAAGAGUCGGAAUGUAUGCGAGAAGGACUUCCAAUGGCAGGAGCCGGUCUUUAAGCCGUUCCCUUGA